UAUAUAUAUUUAUAUAUGGAUAUCAUCCAUCCAAGCAUCACUCUUCUUUCAACCUUGAUCAAUUUCUUUGUUCUGCAGGAUAUUAAGUUAAAUGGAACGCCAGACAACAGUUAGUCCAUCAAGUUACAGAGGUGUGCGCCAAAGGAAAUGGGGGAAAUGGGUGUCUGAAAUCAGGGAGCCAGGGAAGAAGACCCGAAUAUGGCUGGGAAGCUACGAGACAGCCGAAAUGGCAUCGGCGGCCUAUGACGUGGCGGCACUACACUUCCGUGGUCGAGCUGCUCGGCUUAACUUUCCGGAGCUGGUCGAUAGCCUCCCACGUCCGGCUAGCUCCAGUGCAGAAGACAUUCAAAUGGCAGCUCAAGAGGCGGCACUGAGGAUCGGUCGAAGACCCAAGUUGAGCUCGGAAGUGGCUUCGGAGGUAGCUGGUGGUGGGAGCCUUGGUCCAAUUAGGACCGGACUGUCACCGAGCCAAAUUCAGGCUAUCAAUGAGUUCCCACUGGAUUCUCCCAAGAUGUGGACGGAACUGGCUGGUGCACUUUUGUUGGCUGAUCCAAUCAUGUUUGGGGUUGAUGAUACCGAGUUCAUGAGUGAAUAUGAAGAAAUUCUGGUUGAGCCUAUUUGGGAUUAAAUAUUUUUUCAUCUUCGAUAUACUGUCGGUUAAGCCUUUCAAUUUAAUUCCAUGAGUAAACUACAAAAAUUUACACGUAGAAUUUGAAAAUUGACCGACAGUAUAUCAAAUCACAUAAGAUUCCUACA